AUGGAGAACAUAUUGCCGCAGCUGCCGUUUCUGGCUACACUGGUGUGCCUCUUGCUGGCGGGGAGUGUCCAAGGCCAUCUCCUCUCCCAGCCGACUAUUGACUUGCAUAUCCAGGCGCAGGAACAGCUGAUCUCGCAGCACAACGACAGUGCCUAUGUGCAGCGUCUAAUGCGUCUGGCCAAAUCCGCCGAGAUGCGCAGCUACAUUAACCCGAAACAGGAACCGUGCGACAACUUCUACGAGUAUAGCUGCGGGCGAUGGCCCUUGAUAAAUCCGGCCAACGAUGCCCAUCCCCGGGAGACGAACCUUGAGCAGCUUGUGGUGAAAGCUUAUCGCCACAAGCAGCAGCGCCUUUUGGAGCAGCCACCCAAUGAGGAAACCGAUGCGGAGGCCGUUUUUCAACUGAAACAGUUCUACGCCAGUUGCCUUUUUUACCGCCAGACUCCGGAGGACUUGUAUCGGCGGCAAUUGCACGAAAUCGUAGGGGAAUUCGGACGCAUGCCGGCUUUGAGUUUGCCAGGCCAGGAAUGGCCCGGGGAUGCCUUCGAUUGGUUGGACACAGUGGCAAAAAUAAAGCGUAGAUAUGGUCUGGACAUUGUGCUGCUUCUCCAGCUUCAAUCUGAUCGCACCUAUGUGGGUCAGCCCAAUCAGAUACUGCCCGGACCGGAUAGCCGCGCUCGUGCAGAAUCCAUCGCCGAGAACUUGGAACGGCACCUUGGUGUGGAGCCCAAGUUGGCCCUUAAGACAGGUCGUGAAAUCACAGAGUUUGAGCAGCUCCUGGCGAAGGGCAUGCUCUCCCGGCGAGUGGGCGUUCUGGGCAAGUUGCGUACACCGGUGGAGUUGGACGAACCCUAUUCGGAUAUCUUCAAUCUGACACAGUAUGUGGAAAUUGUCCUGGAUCGGGAAUUGGCGGAUAAUGAAACUAUCUACGAGCACGUGCCGAGCUAUUUAAACCACUUGGCGGGUGUGGUAGUUGCCACGCCACCCCAUGUGCUAGCCAACUAUAUAUUCUACGAACUUUUGGAAUACUUCUUCUAUGAUCGCACCGUAUCACCCGUAGAGCAGUGUGUGAAUCGCAUAAGGGAGCAGUUCCCGGAGCUUCUCGAAAAUAUGGUUUAUAAGCAAUAUGGAGAUGCCGCCACUCUAAGUGAUAUUAACGGCGUCUGGCAGCAAAUUCAGAGGAGUUUCCGAGGUGUCCUAGAAAAUGCUUCAGCAGAUUGGUUGUCCACGGACACCAGGGAACAGCUGCUGGGGCAGCUCAAUGAGACAGAGCUCGAGAUCAAUGGUUACGCCAACAUUAAUUUCACAGAAAAAUUCGCAGACUUCGCAAUCAAGCCAAGGGAUUACCUCCACAAUUUGAGAACUGUGCGGAGUCGGGAGAGCCUCGUCACCAAGCCGAAGAUACAAACAUCGGCCAGUUAUGAUCCUGUGAAGAAGAGAGUCCUUCUGCCGGUGGCGCUGCUCCAGCCAAACAUCCUGUGGUCCCGCUACUACCCAAGAGCCGUGCGCUUUGGAAGCCUCGGCACGCUGUUGGCCCACGAACUGGCGCACAGCCUGGAAGAUGCCGCCAAGUGGGAUGCCAAGUCUUUUGCCCAAUACUCGAAGCGAAAGGCCUGCUUUAAGGACCAGUACAGCCGACUGCGCCUUCACGGGGAGUACCUACCGGAGAGCGAUCUCCAAGCAGAGAACAUUGCCGAUAACCUGGCCAUCCAGGUGGCUUACCACGCCUACCGCCGCUACCUGGCGGAGUUGGCCUCCUCUGCCCUGGUCACGGAGGUGCUGCCGCUGCUGGAUCACACUCCUCGGCAGUUGUUCUUCCUCAGUUAUGGCCAGCUGUGGUGUAAUGACGCCAACGGGCAGUUUCGGGAAAAGCACUCCCUGCUGCAGACCAGCACGCCAAAUGCCCUGCGCGUUCUGGGAGCCCUCUCAAAUUUUCCCGCCUUUGGACAGGAUUUCGCCUGCAUUAGCGGAAACCAAAUGAUGGCCCCGAAGAAGUGUCACCUAUUUACCAUUAAUGUAGAUUAGAUAGCAUACUGCAAGAUUUUCCUUUUGAUUUUAUUAAGAUACACAAUUGUCAGCGAACGAUACAUAUGGUUUAUAUUUUAUAUCAAAGGCCCUUCUUCAAUAAACGGCACACUUGUACCUUGGA